AUGAAAGCACAACAUGCUCCUCAGAGGUCCCAAACCAAGCUACAACUUUCUUCUGAAGUCCCACACUGUAUGUUAAAAGAAUGCAGAAAGAUGAGACUUUUCUUCUUUUUUCCCACCCCAGAACUUGGCUGGAUCUCAAAAGUGCACGUGAAUCGACCUGCAGUUGUGAGGCAUGCAGAACAAAUUAAUAAAUGGAGAACUGUGAAAGGUAAUUGGCAAGCUGCUUGGCUGCUGAAAGCUGUCACCUGUAUAGACCUUACCACUCUUUCAGGCGAUGAUACUCCUUCAAAUGUCCACAGACUGUGUUUUAAAGCAAAGCAUCCCAUCAGAGAGGAUCUGCUGAAAGCCUUGGAUAUGCAUGAUAAAGAUAUUACUGUUGGAGCGGUUUGUGUAUACCCUGCAAGAGUCAUCGAUGCUGUUAAUGCCCUAAAGGCUGCUGGUUGUAACAUACCAGUGGCUUCAGUGGCUGCUGGGUUUCCAUCUGGACAAACUCCUCUAGAAACCAAACUGGCCGAAAUAAAGCUAGCUGUGGAAUAUGGUGCCAGAGAGAUUGACAUUGUCAUUAGCAGGAGUCUGGUGCUGACUGGCCAGUGGGAAGGUCUCUACGAGGAGAUCCGUCAGUGCCGAGAGGCCUGUGGAGAAGCUCAUAUGAAAACAAUCUUGGCAACAGGUGAACUGGGGUCCCUUGCUAAUGUCUACAAAGCCAGUAUGAUAGCUAUGAUGGCAG